AUGAGGAAUUUCAGAUUUGGGGAGAUAGUAGAAUUGGAGAAACUUCUGCGGGCUUCAUUGGAUUUGUUUGUCGAUCCAGGAGAUGCUAUGGCUUCGUCAUCGAGAGGAGAAUAUGCAAUGGGGAGCCAAAUAUCCACACAGGGAGAUGUGUAUAGCUAUGGAAUACUAUUGCUAGAGAUGCUUAUAGGAAAGAAGCCUACAAAUGACAUGUUUAAGGAUGGUUUAAACCUUCAUAAAUUUGUCGAUAUGGCUUUUCCAGAAAGAGUCAUGGAGAUUUUGGAUCCACAAAUUUUGCAAGAUGAAAGUGAAGAAGUUGAUGGCAAUAUUAGAUAUGAAGAUUUUAGUAAAACGCAACUGAGGAGAUGCAUAAUUUCAUUGAUUAGAAUUGGUCUCCUGUGUGCCAAGGAAUCACCGAAUGAACAACCGAGAAUGCAAGAUGUCACCACUAAAGUUUGUGCAGCCAAAGAAAUGUUAUCAGUAGUCGAAAUUAUUGAAGAGGGAGCAAAUUUGCCUGAAUAA